AUGAAGCGUGCUCCUCUCCUCCUGCAUCUUCUCGCCUCUUUCCUCGGAACAAACAGCGAGAAUUGUGAAAAGGAGCAGAUGACCGCAUCUACAGUGCACUGUUAUAAAGCAUGUGUUUAUUCCUGGACAUCAGAUGGACCACACAACCUGCAAUGCUACUACAUUAAAGAAAUUGAAAGAGGCUUGAACUGUGCAUGGAAUCCUGGAAAACCCUAUACAAAUACUACUACCUACACACUAAAAAUACGCAGGAGACUAUCUCCUAUCCACAAAUUUAUAACCUUUACCAACAUCACUGGCACUUCAUACACAAUUCAACGAAAAUUACUUUACAUUUCGGAAAAUACAACAAUAUGGGUAGAAACAGUGGAACAGAGAAGUAAAAUGUGCCAGAGAACAAAGUCCAUCACACUGAUACCUAAAGAUUCAGAAAAACCUGCAACACCUUCUGACAUAAAGUACAGGAAAACAGCUGGACAGUUAAAUCUGACAUGGAGUACUUCAGAGAAACUGCAGUAUGUGUUAGAUUACAGGAAGGCUGGAACUUCCAACUGGCUUUCAGUUGAUUUCCCACCUUCUGGAACAGUACAGGGAUUGGAACGACUGGCUGCUUACGAAUUUCGGAUGCGCUGUAUAUUUAGCAACAAAAUUAGUCUUUGGAGUUCUUGGAGUAAAAUAUACCUUGUCCCUCCUGAACUUGUAGACAUGCCACAGAUUUAUACACCUGUGACUGAACUAAUGCAGAAACCUGGGAAACGCCUCAUUACUAUACAGUGGGAGAAUGCAGCCACAGUCAACAGUACAACUGUGCAAGGAUAUAAUAUUACGAUUGAAAGAAUACCCCCAAACCAAUAUCAUGUGAUCCAAUCAAUUGAAACACUCGACAAAGGAUGUGUCUUCAUCCUUUCACAAGCAUCUUUCAAACUCCGAGUGUUUGCCUACAAUUCAGCUGGGUCCUCACCUGCAAAUGAAAUCAUUAUCCCACCUUUUUAUCAAAUUCGUCUAAACAACAAGAUUAAUGCCACUCCCUAUGGGAACGACAGCAUUUUAAUUAGCUGGGAUUCGGAUAUGAAUAGGCGGAUAAAAGGUUACAUUGUUGAUUGGGGUCCUGUCAUUGGGAAUGAGAUGCACGUUGAAAGGUCAAAAUAUAUAAAAAAGAUGCUUCACAGUUACAUUCUGAAAGCUGAUUCCUUUGAGCCAAAGCAACGCUACAGAAUAAUGUUACACAGUAAAACAAGAAAAAAGAUAUACGUGAACAAUACAGAGAUAACCAUUGGGAUGAUUGAUGUUUACACAUUAGAAGGAACACCAAGAAUUGGUCCCAAUAAUGUUGUGGUCACCAAUAUUUCCAAAACCUCUGCAAUAAUAAGAUGGGAUCGAAUACCUGAAGACGAAUGUCAAGGUUUUCUUCAAGGCUACAAGAUUUUCUAUUAUGUCAACAAGGCUACUAUCACAAAAACUAAUGCAUCCAUUUCAGUGAACUCUUCUACAACGUUUUACAUGCUCUCAGGACUUACGCGAAAGACAAUCUAUGCUGUAAAAAUCUCAGGAUUUACGAAUGCAGGAGAAGGAAUCAGAAGCGAAGCAGUGUCUUUUGUCACAAAAGAAUAUGAUGAUGGUGAAAUGAAAAUAAUUGCUGUUGGUGUCAGCAUUGCAAUCAUUGUUUUUGUGUUUCUGGUGAUGUGGAGAUGUUUGUUUCUCCUUAGAAGAAUAAAGGGAAUGUUCUGGCCAAGUAUUCCGAACCCUGGAAACAGUCAUGCAAUCCGGAUUAUAGGAAGAAAUUCCUUGCUGCCAGACAUGGAUAAUGAAUUAUCAACUCUCAACACAAACUCACCUCUAAUGGAAACAGAAGAGGAUCUUGAAAGUCUUCACAUUAUUGAAGAGGUCACUAGCACACCCACAGAUUUUGAGCUGCAAGACAAUGAACAAAACAGUAUAACAGAUCAGGAAUCUAACAGCAAUCUCACUGACCAACCAGUACUUAUACAGGUAACCGACUACACAACUAUGGAAAACUUCCGACAGAUAAUGCCAACCAUUGCAAGCAGUAAUACUGCCAUCCGGCCAAACAGAUGUGAAACAGAAUAUAACAAUCAACAGAAUGGCUGUUUAAUUCAGAGCUAUAUGAAACAACAAGUCCAUCGAACGGGCAUACAGACACCAGAAUGUACUCGGAUUGCUGGUGACUGA